AGAGAGAGAGAGAGAGAGAGAGAGAGAGAGAGAGAGAGAUCGUAUCUUUUGAAUUGUCAGUGCCCUGGCCUCGUUACCCUACACACAGCGAGGCGGGGCGGGUGUACACAAAGUGCACGUGUAUAAAGCUCAUGACACUCUGCCGCUCUGCACACACGUUUUGUCGGACACUCGGAGGCAUCAUCAUCAUCAUCAUCAUCAUCAUCAUCCUCCUCCCGGACACCGAUCAUCCACUCACACGGCUUGAUUUUUCCCGCGGCUACUUUGAACACACCGGAGGAAUUAACUCCGUUUAGGAUAUGACCAUGAGGCCCCUCUGUUUGUCUGCAGUCGUAGCUGUGCAUCUCGCUAUAUGCAUCGCUGAUGCCGGAACGUCUUCCCGAAACGCUAUCAAGAACCUGCAGCCUGGAGCAGCGGGAAGUCCAGCUGAGCCGGUGAGCGCGAGCCCGCACGUGCCAAAGACAGAGCCGGCAGCCGGAGUGCGCACAGUGCCUCAGAGCUGUAGCGGGGUUUCUCUGUGCGCUGCUGCUGAGUUCUGUUCCCGCGGGACCUGUCAGCCGUGCCGCAAACGCAGGAAGAGAUGCGCUCGAGACUCCAUGUGCUGCGCAGGAAACCGCUGCAUUAACGGUGUUUGCCAAGCAGAUGAAGUAAACGCCACUCAGUCUGUCAGCACUACAAUUAGCACUAAGCAGGCUACCGAGGUUCAAGGAAAUCCUACAAGUGCAUUAGGUGACCAAAACAAGACAGUGGUGACACAGGAGGCUAAAAAUACAACUGUCAUCUCUCCAAGACCACCUGAUCUACUGAAAGGUCUUGAAGGGGAGUCGUGUCUGAGGUCCUCAGACUGCUCCAAGGGUCUGUGCUGCGCUCGCCACUUCUGGUCACGUAUCUGUAAGCCAGUGCUGACUGAGGGCCAGGUGUGCACGCGUCACCACCGCAAAGACACUCACGGCCUGGAGCUCUUCCAGCGUUGUGACUGCGAUCAGGGCUUGGUGUGCCGAGCCAAGAAAGAACAAGGGUCAAAAAAGCAGCAACAGAAUAUACAGCAGCAAGAGCAGCAGCAACAGCAACAGCCACGCAAAAACAACAGAAACCUCCACAUAUGCCAGCUACACUGAGGCAGCAGGACUUUUUCUUUCUUUUUUUUUUUUUUUUUAACGACAACUGGCUUAUAAUAUGCCCAAACUCACACACAUGCAUAUUCACAUACAUACACAUACAUUCAAUAUCACAUGUGCAUGCAUGGACAAAUGCAGAAGGGAUACAGAAAACUGACUCCGGGAAAGGAUGCUCCAUUAAACGGAUUGAUCAUAUUUUGCAGAUGGAUGCAGAAAAAGCACACUGUGGAAGACUAAAUGCAGGACUCUGCCACUGAAGACAGAUAUUCCUUUUAUUUUUUAUCAGAGACUUAACAAAGGCAGAAUGAUGCUUCCCUUUAUAAGGGAACUAUAAAUAUAUUUGCAGUAAAUUACUGUAUUGUAUGUGGCACUUAACUGAACUUAUCAAUUCUGUAACAGUAGUAUGAGACCAGGUGCUGCAUGACACUAUGCUAAUAAUGUAAAUAUGCAAAUGAUAUGAUUUAUAUUGUUAUUUAGUGUGAUAUAAAAACCCUAUUUUUAUUUUAAACUUAAUUAAGAUAUCACUUUUAUUAAAACUAUUACAGUUUGAUCCAGAAAUAAAACUCUGAUCAAGACUCUGAUUGUUUGGCCUUUUCCAGAGCCAACAAGAACCUAUGCUAGAUUUCACAUAAAUUGCUGUAAAGUUGAAAAGUUAACCCCUUAAAUUCCCAGGACCCAUCAACAUCUCUAGACUUUCCUCAACCUUGUAUCUACAGACCUUUUGCUAAUACUUUGACCAUAUUGUUUAGAAAUAGCUAGGAAAAGAUAAACAAUGCUAAAGAUUACUGAGAAAGAGGUUUAAAUUGAUGCUUAAAUAAAAUAAUUGUUUUUACCAAGAGAAAAUGUCUGCUAUGUGACCUAAAGCAGAAUGUCUUGCAUUAUGUUCUGAUUUUACAUGAGAACUGGACAAAUAUACAGUUAUUAUAGUUUGUCCACACUGGGGGGAAAACUCUUAUUUAACUUUCUUAAAGUUCUUAUUAUAAUUAAUGCACAAGAGUCAUUCAUGGGGGAAAACACCACACAUUUACCAAUAAGUUUAAUCUUUAUGAAACUAAACAUUUUUAGCUACUAAUCAGUACUGCACAGAUCAUUCCGUCAUAUACACAAAAUACAUCUUUAUAUAAGAAUGACCUCCUUAAAUUCCCGGGAUUUUCUUAUGACAAAGCAUUUCAGUAGGAUAAAGGACUUUGACUUGUUUAUUUAUAACAUUUGAGUUCUCACAUUAUACACAGAUGUCCUGACACUCUCUUGUCCAUUUGGAAGCCAACCAGGCCUUAAGGCAUGAAAUGAGCUCCAUACUAUUAUAUUCCCAGCAUGCUUGGGAAAUGGGAUGAGGUUUUCAUGUUGGUCUCCAGAACUGUUUUCUCCAAAUAUAACACCUGGUAUUUUUAACAAAAGCUCUACUUACACAACAUUUCUCCAGUAGCACUGUGGAAUAUCUGUCACAAUUAAUACUGAGUGGUUUCUGCCAUGAUAUCUACUCAUAUAAACAUCCUAUUUUGUAGACUCAAACAGACAUUAUAUAAAAGUGCAAGCUCCUCAGCUGAAACAAUGUGUUUCUUUGUCAUUUGUUUGUGCAUUCUGUGGUGUGCUCUAGCAUUAAACACUGUCCCAAUGGUGCUAUUUUCUGUUCUAAGUGUAGACUAUACUAAGUUCUUCGAAAUCCUUUUCUAACCAUUUACAGUCGUAGGACCUCAACUUCUCUUCUCUUCUCUAGAAAUCUCUGUUGAUGGGGUUGUAUUAAAAAGAAUUCAGUUUUAAACACCAGGUAGCCAAAAUUGUGUUUUAUAUGUCAGUGACGUUAAACCCACAUAUGGCCGCAAAGUUUUUAAGAGGUCAUUAUCAUUAUUUUAUACUUUUUACUAUUGAUAUUUAAUAAUGACAUAGCAAGUAAAAGUUCAUUCAAUAAGUAAGAAGUGUUAUUAUUGAGAUGUGGAUGAUUCCAUUAAAAUUCCAUGUAUUUACAUGAUUCCAUGUAAAUAUCCACUUAGUGAUCCAGACUUAUUGUCUAGACAAUUUAUGUUAGCUGCUAACCUGACUUUAGAAAAGAGAGUGUACAUUAUUUAAACGUAUGAAAUUUGUAUCAACCUGUUGUUUUGUUUUUUUGUUUUUUUUCAAAUUCAGAUGGUGUUCAUUCA